AGAGGGACCAAACCGAGAAAACUAACGUUUGAAACCCUAAUAAUUUCCCCCGCUCUCCCAAGAAAACGAAAUCUCCUUCUUCUCCUCCUCCUCCUUCUCCAAUUCGUUUCGCCCGUCAGAACUCUUCCCAUCUCCCCCGCACCGACUCGAUCGAAGCCUCCUCCUAACCAUCUCAAUUCCCAUUGUUUUGCUCUCUCUUUGCUCAGUCCGGCCCACGCGGCCGAUGGAACAACAUCCCGAAUUCGUCUCUCUGUUCGCGUGCGAAUUCGUUCGGCGAAGCUGAAUUCAAGAACUCAUCUGGGCUUCUUGUUUUUGUUGCUGUUGCUUGGUUUCAAGUUCGAGCCUUACUUGAGCUGGGAUUCGAAUCAGUGUAAAGCUUUUUCAGCUGUUUCAGAGACUAAGUUUGGGUAGAGAGAGAGAGGUUUUGAAUUCUUCCUGUCACUGUGAUCUGUCGAAGAAUAAGCGGCGACCCGGGUUGUUGCUAAAGUCAUAGUUGUGGUUAGCUGCACCAUGAAAGAUUGAUAUGGAUCCAGAAAGCAAGAAUUUUGGAAAAGGACCGAGAGAAUUGACUGGUGCCGUAGAUCUCAUAACUCACUUUAAGCUGUCGCCCCAUCAUGAAUUUUUCUGCAAGAAGUCCCUGCCAUUGUCACUUUCUGACACCCACUAUCUUCAUAAUUUGGUGGGAGAUACUGAAAUUCGGAAAGGAGAGGGGAUGCAGUUGGAUCAGCUCAUUCAGAGUACAUCAAACGGGAGAGAUUCUCACUUCCGCAUACAACCUUUUGACCUAGAUUCUCUCGGAGAUGCAUUCCUUCUUAGGGAAACAACCCGUGUUGACUUGCCUGCAACGGAGAAGGGGAUUCCGACCAUUUCAGGAAAAUCAAGAAGUGAAUCAAAGGAUAAGGAGAAAAAGCAUAAAAAGAAUAAAGAUAAGGAGAAAGAUAGAGAGCAUAAGAAGCACAAGCAUCGUCAUAAAGAUCGGGGCAAAGACAAAGACAAGGAAAGGAAAAAAGACAAAGUUGGGCAACAUGAUUCAGGAGUCGACAACUCCAAAAAACAUCAUGAAAAGAAAAGAAAGCAUGAUGGAGAUGAAGAUCUUAACGAGCACAAACACAAGAAAAGUAAGAAGAGCGCAAAACUUGAUGAGGUGGGAGUCAUAAGAGUUGCGGGAUGAUGUGGUGGCAUAUUAUAAUAGUUCACGUGCCGUCUUCAUGUUUUAUCAGUCUGGGGAUUUCUCUUACUGUUACUUAAGAGUGACUGAAAAUUGACCAAAGAUUUGAAGGUGAAUUCACCUUUGAAGAAUAUUCAGAUGUGAGGUAUAAUUGCUGAAUUUGAUUUCUUUGUAUUACAACUGGGGAUUUCAUAUAGUUGAAACUAAUUUUUUUUUCCAUCAGCUUAAUGGCAGAAUUGGAUGUCCAGCUCUUUAACAUUGUUAAUUAUUUCUUUAAUUUGGAAGCAUAGUUCUAUACUUAGUCUGAACCAGAGUGUCCAGUUUUGACUCCCGAGGAAUAUUUAUUUUGGACUUUAGAGGGGAUGUGUAUAUCGGUAUUCUUUUCCCCUCAUCACAGUAUCAAAUUAGUUAUGUCUAAUAUGCGUAAUUUACUAAGAGGGUUGCAAGCGUUGAGGAAUAUGUCGUGCAUAAUGAUACCUCAGGACAUAAUGUUCAGUGUAUUGUUAUGUCAAACAACGGCAAUUGCCUUCAAUUAAUUACUGAUGGUGUUUCAAGGGGAAAAAGAUGGUGCUAGUUGUUGUA